AUGAUCGUUCGUGGUGGUGGUGUGGUCUCUAUUCAUCGUCGAAUAGCGCCGCCGUCAUCAUCGUGGUGUGGCUGUGGUGGUAUGUUGCUGUCGUUCGUCGUGGUGUGUGGCGCCGUCAAAGACCAGAGGCUUGGAACCCUAAUCAACGAAGAAGAAAGAAUCCAACCCCUGGAGUCGGGUCUAGAUCAAAUCGG